AUGAAGGAAGAAAACGCGAAGCGCAAAGCCGAGGACGACCCGUCCUCGCCAACCGCAACCAAGCGGGUGAAGCACAAUGAGUCGGCAGAGCCAGAAAAGAAGCCGGCAAUGAAGCCUAUCCCGUUUCCCGAAAAGCCCGCUGUCAUCGAAGAGCGUACCGGCGAAAUCGAGUUCCGCGUGGUAAACAACGACAACGCGCGCGAAUCCCUCAUCAUCCUCACCGGCCUCAAAUGCAUCUUCCAAAAACAAUUACCAAAAAUGCCCAAGGACUAUAUCGCGCGUCUCGUAUACGACCGGACCCACUUGUCCAUAGCGAUCGUCAAGAAGCCCCUCGAAGUCGUCGGCGGCAUCACCUACCGCCCCUUCAAAGGCCGUCAGUUUGCCGAAAUCGUCUUCUGUGCUAUCAGCUCCGAUCAGCAGGUCAAGGGUUACGGUGCGCAUCUCAUGUCCCAUCUGAAGGACUACGUCAAGGCCACGAGCGACGUCAUGCACUUCCUCACAUACGCCGACAACUAUGCCAUCGGGUACUUCAAAAAGCAAGGGUUUACUAAGGAGAUCACGCUCGACAAGAGCGUAUGGAUGGGAUACAUCAAGGAUUAUGAAGGAGGCACAAUCAUGCAGUGCUCAAUGCUGCCGCGCAUCAGGUAUCUCGAGAUGGGUAGGAUGCUCUUGAAGCAAAAGGAGUGCGUGCAGGCCAAGAUCCGCGCCUAUUCCAAAUCCCACAUCGUCCACGCCCCCCCAAAGGAGUGGAAGGGCGGUGCCAAGCCCAUCGACCCCCUCAGCAUCGACGCCAUCCGCGCCUCCGGCUGGUCUCCCGACAUGGACGAGCUCGCCCGCCAGCCCCGCCACGGGCCCAACUACAACCAGCUCCUCCACCUCCUCAACGACCUGCAGAACCACCAGUCUGCCUGGCCCUUCCUCGUGCCCGUCAACAAGGACGACGUGGCCGACUACUACGAGGUUAUCAAGGAGCCCAUGGACCUCAGCACCAUGGAGACGAAGCUCGAGGCCGACCAGUACGCCACUCCCGAGGACUUCAUCCGCGACGCCAAGCUCAUCUUCGACAACUGCCGCAAGUACAAUAACGAGUCCACGCCGUAUGCGAAGAGUGCAAACAAGCUGGAGAAGUACAUGUGGCAGCAGAUCAAGGCUAUCCCCGAGUGGUCUCACCUCGAACCGUAG